AUGGACGCGGCCCGGCCCGCGGACGACCAGGACCCGCCAGGCUUGCGGUCCGCCAAGGUGGUCUUGGUGGGCGACGGCGGCUGCGGGAAGACGUCUUUGCUGAUGGUCUUCACCCAAGGGAACUUCCCCGAGGACUACACUCCCACAGUGUUUGAGCGGUACUGUGUCACGCUGCAGGUGAGAGGCAAGCCCGUGUGCCUCAAUCUCUGGGACACAGCAGGGCAAGAUGACUAUGACCGCAUGCGGCCCCUGUUCUACUCCGAGGCCAACGUCCUACUACUCUGCUUCGACGUCACCAACCCUCACAGCUUCCAUAACGUCUCAGAGCGGUGGUACCCAGAGGUGAGUCACUUCUGCAAGGAGAUACCCAUUGUUGUUGUGGGCUGUAAGACAGACCUGCGCAAGGACAAGACGAUGGUGAAUAAGCUGCGAAAGAAAAGACUGGAGCCGGUGACCUACCACAGGGGCCAGGAGAUGGCACGGUCUGUGGGCGCGGUGACCUACCUCGAGUGCUCUGCCCGGCUCCAGGAGAACAUCCGCAGCGUCUUCGAGGAAGCCGCAGCCGUGGCCCUCAGCAGCCGAACACAAAACUUCUGGCGGCGGAUAAGGCAGAGCCCCUGCGUGCUGACCUGACCUGUCCCCGCCCCGCCCUGGGCAAGAGGGAGGGCGCUGGGCACUGACUGCCUCCGUGGCUGAGCGGACCACACCUACUCUCAACAGUGGCUGGUGGUCGCUGACUGUCCUACUUUUACACCUAGUAGGUAGUGGUCAGUGACUGCCCUACUUAUGACACCUCGGGUGGAUGGGCACCACGAUGCCUGCCUGGAGCCCUGGACUGCAGCAAGCCUUCUGAGGCUUGAGCAAAGGGCAUCCAGCACCCUCAGACCCACCAAGCCUCCGAGACUUAUAACCGGCGUCCAUGGCCUGGCCCUGAGCCAGCCAUCCCGGAAUGUGCAGCCUGGCGCCACCUGGUGGCUGUUCCUGGGGACUCCUUGGAUUCAGAGUCUUUGGACCAUCCUUUGCUCAAAUCCUCUCUUCCCUUGUCCCGACCCCAUUAGUACUGUCCAACUAAAAUGACAUCACGUGUCA